GCCCGCUCAAUUUGUAAACUGCAACGCCAUCAGUUACGCGAAACUAGAAGUUGGAAUCAGCGCGAGGAGAUGCCGUUUCUUUUGUUGGUAACACUACGCGAUAUUGACGUGUUUAUUUGAAAUCGCGUGUGCCGUUUUUUUGUUGACACACAUUUGACUUUUAACCUGAGCACAAGGAUCUAUUUACGCAUAGCGAAUUCAAUGAUGAUCGUUGUGUAUAUUUUGCUCGACGAAUCUCGGCAAGUAAGGCGAUCUGUUUGAGAAAGAAUUCCGCUGAAUUCGCGCGAGAAACGGGCGAGCGAAAAAGCAAACAUUCGCUCUUUUUUCGCUCAAAAAUACACACAUCGUUCAGGGUACAAAUUCCUUGCGGUUCGGCAAAAAAUAAGUUCACGGACGUUGAGCAACAGCGUGUAUUACGUGCAUAUACGUGUGUUCAGGAGAAACGAGCGUAGUCAAGACCAAUUAUUUAAUACGUCGGAGCGUGCAAUGAUUUUGCACUCGCGAACGGUCGCCGAUCAAUGUCACGCGUGUCCACCGACACCGGCCGAAAAUGCGAGUGGGCGUAAAAUCGCCGGCGGGCCCGACGGUAUUGCUGCGCGUCGUCACAACUAACCUAGAAGAAUCGACGCAUCGACCGCGCGCCCGUAAAUAGAUAUACGUCGUGUCGAGAUCGUCAUGAAUCGCGGCGUCUGUACGUGCCAUUUGUCAGCGAUGUGGAAAUUCGGCGUGAUCGUUGGCCGCGCAACGUCCGUUGGAUCGUACAGUUUAUAGGUUAUCUUCCGAGAAUUCGAACCGUCGUGCACACAGUUUACAUCAUCCGUCACUUUAUUACACGCGACGACGCGUAUCGGUGUACAAAGUACUGUGCGUAGAGAAGCGACGUGAGAGAUUUAUCGACGGCAUAUCAGUUUGCGCUCCAGUCCGUCAUGUACCUUGCGACGAUCAAGCCACUCGAAUCCUUCCUGUCAAUAGCUAUCCCUUGUCCUGGUUUCACUAACAGCAAUAUAAAAGAACAAAAGUAUCUUGGAAGAACUUUUGAUCUACAUAAGUAAUUGAUAUAAUGUGCUUGUGACUAAGUGUAGAUCUUUUACACAUUUAUUGGAAAAAAAAUAAUGUUUAGAAUUAUUAUAUAUCUUUGUAUAACCUGACUGUAUUGAAAAUGCAAGCCAAGAAACGCUAUCUACUGUUGUUUGUAACAUGUGCGUUUCUUGGUUACUGCUAUUUUGGUGGAUAUCGUUUAAAAAGCGAAAAGUGGACAGGCAAAUCUCAGUUGCCUUAUGAGCGAUUGCCUUCAUAUAUAAGUCUAAAUGAAGAGUUUUAUGACAAAGAUUUAAAGACAUCCAGUGGCUCGUUUGCUAUGUCUCAACGUACGAGACAGUGCCGCAUGGAAACUUGCUUUGACUUUACAAGAUGCAAGCAUGGUUUCACUGUAUAUGUAUACCCUGUUGAGGAUGUGAUAAGUCCAUUAUACCAAAAAAUAUUAAAUGUUAUCACUGAGUCGAGAUAUUACACAUCAGACCCAUCAAGGGCAUGUAUAUUUGUCUUAGCUCUGGAUACAUUAGAUAGGGAUCCUUUAUCCACUGAAUUUGUACACAAUUUACCCUCCAAACUGAUGCAUCUGCCAUAUUGGAACAAUGGAAGAAAUCACUUGAUAUUUAACUUGUAUUCUGGCACGUGGCCAGAUUAUGCGGAAGAAUCUCUGGCUUUUGAUGUUGGCUAUGCCAUGUUAGCUAAAGCCAGCAUGUCCAUCUUCAGACACAGACCGGAUUUUGAUAUUUCAAUACCUUUGUUUGGCAAACAACAUCCGGAACGUGGUGGAGAACCUGGACAGGCAUUAGAAAAUAAUUUUCCUAACAAUAAGAAAUACGUGGCAGCUUUUAAGGGAAAGCGAUAUGUGCACGGUAUUGGAUCUGAGACAAGAAAUGCUCUUUAUCAUCUUCAUAACGGCAAAGAUUUGGUGUUCGUUACAACUUGUCGUCAUGGUAAAGCUUGGAGAGAAUUGCAAGAUGAACACUGUCAGCAAGAUAAUCAGGAAUAUGAUACAUAUGACUAUGAAAUUUUGUUAAUGAAUGCUACGUUUUGUCUUGUUCCGCGAGGGCGACGAUUAGGCAGCUUUCGAUUUUUGGAAGCUCUGAGAGCAGGAUGUAUUCCAGUUAUUUUAAGUAAUGGUUGGGCUCUUCCUUUUCACGAACGUAUCGAUUGGACUCAGGCUGUCAUAUUUUCCGAUGAGAGAUUGUUACUUCAAAUUCCAGAUAUAGUACGGUCUGUGUCCAAUGUACAAAUUCUUAAAUUACGACAACAGACACAAUUUUUAUGGGAGAGAUAUUUUUCGUCCAUUGAGAAAAUUGUAUUUACCGUAUUCGAGAAUAUUCGCGAACGUUUGCCAUGGGAAGGUACGCGGGAAAGAAUUGUCUGGAAUACCAAUCCUGGGGCACUUGCUAUUUUACCGCAGUUUGCUGACAGUCAGCAAGAACUUCCUUUUUCAAACAGUAAUCCUGGUAAUACUUUCACUGCCAUAAUCUAUUCGCAAUUGGGAUCUACUGCUGUUCUUUAUCGCUUGCUUAAGAGUCUUUCGAAAAGCAAAUAUCUAGAUAAAAUAAUACUUAUGUGGAACUCGGAUAUCCCGGUGCCAAGAAAACCGCGUUGGCAGGGUAUCAAAGCGUCAAUUAACGUUGUCGCAGUCGACGGUAUAUCCCAACGUUUUUAUCCGCAUCCAUUAAUCAAAACUAGUGCCAUAUUAUCGCUCGAUGAAGAUGCUACUCUAAACACCGACGAGAUCGACUUCGCUUUUACGGUUUGGCGUUCGUUUCCCGAUCGUAUAGUAGGCUAUCCAGCGAGAUCUCAUUAUUGGGAUGACUCAAAGCGUUCUUGGGGUUACACGAGUAAAUGGACAAAUGACUACAGUAUCAUUCUGACUGGUGCUGCUUUUUAUCAUCGCUACUACAAUACUUUGUAUACCGAAUUAUUAAGCUCGACUCUUCACAAAACUGUGGAACAGUCGCAGAAUUGCGAAGAUAUACUGAUGAAUUUUCUGGUAAGUCACGUGACUCGAAGACCGCCCAUCAAAGUGACGCAGCGCAAGCUGUACAAAGACACCGCGGUAGCCGGAAUCAGAUCCCCGUGGAACGACCCAGAUCAUUUCAUACAGCGACAAACGUGCAUGAACACAUUUGUCGCUGUAUUCGGAUAUAUGCCUCUAUUGCGAUCUAAUAUGCGACUGGAUCCUGUUUUGUUCAAAGACUCCGUGAGCAAUCUGCGCAAAAAAUAUAGGCAGAUUGAACUAGUUAGUAAUUAGAAGUGUACACACCUCUCGAUUAAACGCAGCUAUUUAAUUUUUCACUUGUAUGUCAAUAUGCGAAUUACGCUUUAUGAUAUGAUACUAGGAUCUGUCUCUUUUGACGCACCUGUUGUUUCUAUGUUGAAUAGAACGGAUAUGUAUAUCCGCGCGGUUUUAGAAGGGGAAACAGGUAAAAGAAAUAGAAAUAGAAUGUUGGGAAAGUGCAGCUAAAAGAAACAGACUGUUAUCAUACAGCGUCACUAACAUGCGAGUGCAUGUAAAUGUGCGAGGAAAUGCAUUUACAUGAGAACUACGUUAUAGUAGAUUAUCGGUGUCGGGCAGUAAAUCAAAGUCCGUAAUUCAGCAAGAACGCGUGGUAAUUUCCAGCGAUUUAUUUGAAAAUCAUUUUGUACAAACUUGUAGAAUUGUAACGAUGCCGCGUUUUUAUUUGAUGAUGUUUUGCAUGACUAUGAUCCGCUGUGGGGCAAUAUUUCAUUGUACAAAUCAAUACAAAUCGUUUUAUAGGUAUUGACGAAGGGAAAUGUUAUUUAACAAAUUAGUUGACAAACACACCUGAACUUUUUACACCGGUCAUUCAUCAGUGUUUAUGUGAUUUGAUAAUAUAGAAGGAAGAAUCAAAUGUUUCCGUCAAACGCGCUUUGUACAAUGAUUAUUCGAUACUUCAGAGUAUCUACUACUUUAGAGAAAAUUUGGAAAUAUUUGUAGAGACAAAUUUUUAUCCUUGGUGGUAUAAGAACUUUCACUCGUAUAUCAUUACAGAAUUUUCUCUAAAAUUGUAGAUACUCUAUAUCUUGAAAUAAAAAUUGCAGAAAUAUCAUUUGUAUGUAUAAUAAUAUUUUUAAUCAUAAAGGUUUGCGAAUGUUUUUCUAUCCAAAAAUAUAUAUAUAUAUUUCGUGUACAAUUAUUCUCUAGAUUAGAAAAAUGUAAAAAGAUCGGGAAAAAAAUCUAGAAUAGAUUUUGUCAAGUGCUUUUUGAUAGUGAUGAUGUAAAAGUCAAUCAAUAUUUGUAUCGGAGAGAAAGUCAAAAGCAUUUGUGUUUAUAUUUAAAAAAUAAUUGUAAAUCAUUUAGGCUUUUUUAUUGAAACAAUUAAUAUCAAUUUUUUUCUUUAUUGUUUUUUUUUUCCUUUCAAUUAACGCUUUUAUUCGUUACAGACUAUACUUUCUACGUUUGCAACUGCAUUUAAAAUCCUACUUCUUUAAUAACGUAUUUAUUCGGAUAUACUGCCGAGUUCUCUCAGGAACGUUUAGAAGGACGAUUUCUCUAUCAAAGUGUCGCAACAAUAUCUAGUCGUUUACACCGAUAUAUGUUGUUAAGGUAAAAGAAUGAAAUUAUAUGUAUCCUAAUCCUUCGGUUAGAAAAAAAAACAAGUGUAAUAUGACAUGUGUUCGUCUACGUAUUCUGAAGACGGAAGCUGUAUAAACUGUAUGUUGUGAUAUAUAUAAUUUUCAUUUAUUGUGUGUUUCAUAAUUGGAAGAAAAUAGUAAAGAUAAUUUCUAUAAAAUAUUUCUGCAUAAUAAAUUUCUGAUGACUUAAGACGUGCACGUAUAUGUUUUGAAUCAAAAGCAAAAUUAUUAGUUGAACAAUUCUCAUAUUUGUUAUACUUUUAAUAAUAUAUAAUAUAUGCAAUCAUUGUUUAUUAAUAAUUUCGACAGUGGGGAUUAUAUAUCUAUU